AUGCAAUAUGCCGCAUCGAAAAAUCAAAAGAAGACGAUCUCUGCCCUAGUGGCCGGCGCCAUAGCCGGAGCAACAGCAAAAACCCUGGUUGCACCGCUGGAACGGUCUAAGAUCUAUUUUCAAGUUUCCACCCACGAAAAAUACUCGCUACGUGCUGUGCUUCAAUAUAUCGGAACUACUUAUCAAGACCAUGGAUUCAGGACGCUUUUUAAGGGUCAUUCUGCUCAACUGCUACGUGUCAUCCCAUUUUCUGCCAUACAAUUCGCUUCGCAUGAGAAAUAUUCCCAAUGGUUAAAGGUCGACGUGGAGGAACACACUCCUUGGCGUCGCCUACUCUCCGGCGCGCUUACCGGUCUAACGGCGUCAUUUUGUACAUAUCCGCUUGAUAGUGCUAGAGCUAUCUUGGCCGUAUCCGACCCUCUGCACAAGCAUACGCUGGCUUGGGUCUUCGCGGAUGCAUACCGAAAUGGGCAUUUGUUGAGGUUGUAUAGAGGCGUUCUCCCCACCCUCCUCGGCAUGGCCCCAUACGGCGGAAUUGCGUUUUUCACCUUCGACUCGUUAACCUUAUUCCACAAAGAACACACUGGCCGUCAGAUGAACAACCUCGAGAAUUUCGCCGGAGGUGCUGUGGCGGGUGUGACAAGCCAAGCCAUCACGUAUCCGCUUGACAUCGUUCGGCGAAGGAUGCAAACGAGUAGAUUACCACACCAUUGUGGAGUUACCGAAGCUUUGCAGCUAAUCUUGAGGAAGGAGGGAUUUGUUAAUGGAUGGUAUAAGGGCUUCUCGAUGAACCUGUUCAAAUCCCCCCUAACCAGCGGCAUCUCCUUCAUGACCUACCAAACGCUGCUGGCCAAUUUUGUACGUAGAAGCGAG